AUGAGGCAAUUCCUGACCUCCCUCCGCCCCAGAAAGCCCAAGGAGGAAGCCCUACUCCAACUCCGCAUUGUCAUGUCCACUAAUGAAUACUGGCCUGUGCAUUUGAUAUUCAUGCUCUGCACACCAGAGUCAGAGUCACCCACAUGGUACCAAGUCGUUGGCGACAUUGCACCAUCCAUCUAUCGCCCCGAAAUCGAGUCCGCUUUAUCAUUCCAGGACCCCCAGUUUAUUCACCACACAAUAUGUACUAUCCAGGCCUCGGAUGAAAAGCAAGUCCGGAAGACUGCGCUGGCUGUUCCCCCCCAGCGCUGCCGGGAUUACCUCAUUGCCCUCCUUGCAACAUUAGAGGACAAGGCAGUGGUUCCUGUUGGUACGGCUGCUACGCUUUUUCCGUGGGCGCCGCUGUGUUCUUUGUUGGAGAUGGCUGGUUAG